AUGUCAACAUGGCCUAGAAAACAGGCCUGGCCGGCCAUCUUGGACCGUGCCGAUAAGAUCGGGACGGAGAGACAUGGAGCCGGCACAUUUUCAGCUCCCUUUUUUUUCUCAGGAGGAACCAACAGCAGAGCCACACACGAUCAGAAAUGCAAAUGCAAGGUACGAACGAACAGGGGGUUGGGCGGUUGCACGCGAGUUUUCUGUGGUUCGUGGCCGCCUCCAAGGUCGUUACAGUAG